UGUCCUAAUGCACCAUUCUAAAACGACAUUUCCCGGCUACAGUUGGCUUUGCGGUAAUGUUAACGGAUAACCUGGCUUGGGGUAUACUGCAACAACUGUGGAGCUGGUUGCAAGCAACAGCUACCUCGUCGUUGGGCACAAAGCACCGAUCCCUUUUUAUUGCUGACAACUGCCAGAAAUGUCAGAGACGUCAAGUGAUGCAGAAUCGUCUUGUGGCUGGACCAUUAUUAGUAAUGAGGGUUCAGAUAUCGAGACGUUGGGAUCGGAGGCUGCAGUUGAAUAUGGAGCUGAGCUGUUAGAGCACCCUCCAGUGGAGGAAGCAGAGCUGCAGGACACACAGGCCUCUGCACCUGGUGCUGGUCGUGUUGAAAAGAGAGGAGCUGAUUCACUUGACGACACACUGGGAGAACGAGCCAUAGAUGAGACACUGUGUGCCUCAAAGGCUGGAGACAGCGCUGCGGGGAAAGAGCAUGUGACUCUGUUGUCCUCCAGCGAUCACUCCGACAUCGUGACUCUGGGGGACUUGAAGGAGGAUGAGCAAGCAGACGUGGAAGAGGUGGCGGCGGCAGCAGCCAAUGAGGAGCUUUACCUCGGCAUGUCCUGCAGCAGCCAGUAUGCCUUCACUGCUGCAGAGACUGCAGGUUCGAUGAUGAGUCACUGGAAACUUCCACAGAGUUUGGUGGAUUUAGGCCACCACCUGAGAAGUCAGCUCACUGGAAGGCACUCUUUUGCAGUUUUCCCGGUGCAGCAGCCGACAGUGACAAACUCCAGCAGCAGUGAGGAUGAGGCAGGACGAAGCACCAGCACUGUUGUACGAAGACGAAGGGUGAGGAAGAAUACCACGAGCAUAGUGACAGAGCCUGAGGAGGAGGAGGCGCUGGAGUCUGGUCCCAGUGAGGAGGAGGAGGAGGAGGAGGAGGAGGAGGAGGAGCACCAGCAGCAGAAGGAGGAGCAGGCUGAAGUUAGACCGGCUGCUGCUCAGGAUGUCCAAAUGCAAGGCCAGGGCAGCAGCAUCCUCAACAAGUGUAUCCUGCUCGCCCUCGUCAUAGCCAUCAGCAUGGGCUUCGGUCACUUCUAUGGCACAGUCCAGAUUCAAGAAAGACAGAAGAUUGUGGAGAAAAUCAGAGUGAAUGAGCUUGAUGGAGUGAGAGAUCUGCUUCAACAGCAUGUUCAAGAACAAGCUCUGACAAACCAGAGGGGAGACUUUGGCCUGAAAGACCUGGAUGAGCAAAAAGUCAUUUCACUGCUAACAGAGGUGAUUGAGAAGAUAAAGAAAGAGAACCAGGAUAUCAGCAUCAAACAGGCUCACAUUCAGGCCCAGAGAGAUGACCUGGAAAUGUUGUUGAAACAGAAAACCGAGGAGAGGACUAACAUCGCAACUCAGCAGCAGAGGCUGACGGCUGAAAACCAGCGGCUGAAAAGCUCGCUGCAGCGUGAAGAGAAGUCCUUAUCCACCUUACAGGAGGAGCUGAGACACCUGCGCUCGAAGAUCCGAGAUCUGGAAGCGAUGGGAGCUGGAGCCGACUCGCUGCUGUCAGAAAACCAGAGGCUGAAAGAGCAGCUGGAGGAGGAGAGGCAGCUGAUCAGAAACUUCCAUGCCCAGAGGGAAGACUUAAUGGCUGAAGCGCAGACGCUGAGGAAGAAGUUUGACAAGGAGAGGAAGGUCACAGAUGAGCUGAGGAGAGAGCUGAAUCGUCUGAGAAGUCGCAUCCCUGGAGCCGGAAAGGAGGCUGGCUCCGAAUCAGUAGAGCUACAGUCACGUCUGAUGGAGCUGGAGAAGAGACUGAGCUUCGAACAACAGCGCUCCGACCUGUGGGAGAGGCUGUACGUGGAAACCAAAGAAGAGAGAGCCAAAGGAGACACAGAGUCCAAAGUGAAAAAAACAAAACAGGGCAUGGCAGGGAAAGUGAAAGAGACAUUUGAUGCUGUGAAAAACUCCACCAAGGAGUUUGUCCACCACCACAAAGAGCAGAUAAAGAAAGCAAAGGAGGCUGUGAAGGAGAACCUGAGGAAGUUUUCAGAUUCUGUCAAAUCGACUUUUCGACACUUCAAGGACUCAGCCUCGACCUUCAUCAACAAGGCCAGAGGCUUUUAUAGCAAGAGAUGUAAUGAGAAAGACACAAAAGACUCAUGGCAGCAGAGAUCCCACAGGCCUCAUCACAGACACUCGCACAGAUAUGACGACUCCUUCCAGAGCGACCACAACACUCGAAAAUCAGGGUAUAAAGUUCAUGAAGAUCGAGGUCAGAACAGCCACAAAGCCAACUUGAAAGGCUGCUCCGGGGUUUUCGACUGCGCCUACCAGGAGUCCAUGAGCCUCUUCAACAAAGCCAUGGAGCCGAUCAGAGCGGACGAGUUUUACCAGCUGCUGCAGAGCUACCUGCAGCAGGAGGUCGACCACUUCCACCACUGGAAAGAGCUGGAAAUGUUCAUCAACAACUUCUUCCACAACGGAGUCUUCAUCCACGACCAGAUGCUGUUCACAGACUUUGUCAGCGGCGUGGAGGACUAUCUGGUGGACAUGCACGAGUAUCACGGGCUCGACGACGACGUGUUCGGAGAUCUCGACGACUACGUCUACAGGCACUUCUUCGGAGAGGCCUAUACAAAAAGCUACGGCCCAAGCGGGCCGUUUGAAAGACCCGACACAGACUCGAAGGAGGAGUCGCGGUCGAAGCAUCAACAGCGCAAGCAGCAUAGAGCCAGAUCUCGACCACACAGCGAACCCAAGUGGAGCAGAUCAGGAAGAAACACAGACAGACACAUGGCUGACGUCAAAAUAGAACUGGGUCCGAUGCCGUUUGAUCCCAAAUACUGAAGAUAUCUCACACAGUUUAAUAUUAUAGUUGCAAAUUCUGUUUUGGGUUGUUUAGAUGCAAAGUCUCUUUUUUUGUAAGUUUGCACAUUGCUAACUUUUUAAAGCUACUGAACGUCCUGGAGCUGUUGUGUGUUCAGUGAAGUGAUAGUAAUGAGGUUUGAAUGAAAGAUGUUGUGUAUCUGACGUCAUCCGCACAUUUGUAACAGAAGAGAGAUGAGUUUAUUUAACAUUUUACAAAUGUUAAACACUUAAGAUUUCCUGCUGAAACACCACUGAUUCUCAUCUUCAACCACAGCACUUUUGUUUAAAAAUACUUAGCAUAAAAUAUUAAUUGUGAACCCGACUAUUGUGCUAUGUAAAACAAAAAUGAAAAAAAAAAAAAGACAUGCCACAUUUUGGAUGUUUCCAUGUACAGCCAUAUAGUUGUUUUAAUUUGCUGCUACAAAGACAGGUUUUGUGUGAUGUCGGUGUAACUUGCUUUCAGAGCUAAAAAGCUGUUUAACAUUCCAACUUGAGCUUGAUUAGAACUGGACCUGUCACUUUUAUUUUACUUUUACACAAGUUGGAAAAAAUGACUGGAAAAAUAAUUUCACACCAAAUUAAAAAAUAUAUUCCACACAUCUGGCAAAUGAUAUUUCAAAAAUCACAAUGUCUGAGUUUAAAAUAUUUAUUUCAGGAUCAAAUCAUAUGACAUUCUCAGUAGGUAAAGUUAAUUGCCUUUGUUCCAGUGUUUGUCAGUGCCUUUCAUAAAUAAAGAUGCUUCCUCCAA